CCGUCUCGUAUUGGUGCUUAUUAGAUAUCUCCGGCCAAGGAUACGGGUUUUGCGAGAUGUUGUUAGAUCCGCAUGGUUUUGGUGAUCGUUCUGGAUCGAAGACGUGGUUCCACAGGCGCAAAAAAUGCCGUCGUCUCUUGAAAUUUUGGUCUUCUAAUCCUGGGGAUAAGUUACAGUCUCCGUUUGUAAAUAGAAAUUGGCGACUGGCGAAGAUGAAUCUGGGUACGGCCGAGGAAGAAUCGGCACAAGAGAUUCAUAUUCCAGCUGAUAUCAAUUGGGAGAUGCUUGAUAAAUCCAAGUUUUUCGUUUUAGGCGCAGCUUUGUUUUCAGGGGUAUCUGGAGCUCUUUACCCUGCGGUUUUGAUGAAAACUCGGCAACAAGUGUGCCACUCGCAAGGCUCGUGUAUCAGAGGAGCGUUUACUCUCGUGAGGCACGAAGGUUUAAGGGGACUGUACAGAGGAUUCGGAACCUCCUUGAUGGGAACGAUCCCUGCUCGUGCGCUGUACAUGACGGCCUUGGAGGUCACCAAGAGUAACGUAGGCUCUGCUGCUGUUACCUUAGGUUUCACUGAGGCUAAAGCCGCUGCGGUUGCUAAUGCCGUCGGGGGUUUGACGGCUGCGAUGGCUGCUCAGCUUGUGUGGACUCCUGUUGAUGUGGUGAGCCAGAGGCUUAUGGUUCAAGGGAGCAGAGGUCUAGUGAAUGCGUCGAGGUGUAAUUAUGUUAACGGGUUCGAUGCAUUCAGGAAGAUUGUUCGCGCGGAUGGACCGAAAGGGUUAUACAGAGGGUUCGGGAUAUCGAUUCUGACUUACGCACCGUCUAACGCGGUUUGGUGGGCGUCUUACUCUGUUGCACAGCGGAUGGUUUGGGGUGGAGUUGGUUGCUAUGUCUGCAAGAAAGACGGAGAGAGUGGGAACAAUAGUAUUAAACCAGACUCCAAGACGAUAAUGGCUGUUCAAGGAGUGAGUGCUGCGAUUGCUGGGAGCAAAUGUAAUUUCCUCAAUUUGCGAUUGGAUUUGGUUCACUAUUACCGUGCUGGUAAACCGGAACACAAGUGUGUAUCUGUCAUACAAGUC